AUGUCGCAAUGGCAAGUUACCAAGAUAGCGGGACACGCGACUCCUAAUUGUGAGACACACGAUGUCGCAAUGGCAAGUUACCAAGAUAGCGGGACACGAGUGAACUCACAAGUUCAAGUACUCGGUUCAAGUAAGGUGCGAGGUGGACACGAACACAUACAAGUUAAACCCGGGCUUUGUUGCGGCUAA